UGCCAAUGGAGAAGUCCAACUGUAUUUGCAUUUCAAUCUCAUACAAGUGAUCUGCAAAUUGCCGCUCUUCCCUUUCAUUCUCAUAAAAGAUACAACUAGCUACAAUCUAACAGAAGGAAACAGAGUGGGAAACAUUCCUGUGUACGUAGGAAAGGAAGCGAGAUGGUGAUGAAAUUGAGAGAAACAGAAGUGAUCCUGAGGCUCUGUAUCGUCUUUCUUCUCCUCCUUACUGCUUGUUUGGUCGGUUUGGAUUCUCAGACUAAAGAGAUUGCUUACAUCCACAAGAAAGUCAGUUUCAGAUACUUGAUUGCUCUAGAGGCUGAGUUAUACAUAGAUGUUGGGGUUGCUGCGUAUAAUUUGGUUCAAUUAGGACUUCAUUGGCACAAUGUUGAACAAAAGACUUCCAAUCCCAAAUGGUUCUCUUACCUCUUGGAUCAGACGGCGGCGUACGUGGUUUUCGCGGGGACAACUGCGGCGGCGCAACACUCAAUGCUGGUGGUAACGGGUUCACAGGAGCUUCAGUGGAUGAAGUGGUGCUACAAGUUCACAAGGUUCUGCUUUCAGAUGGGAAGUGCCAUCAUCUUAAACUACAUAGCCGCGGCUCUCAUGGUCCUCCUCUCUUUUAUCUCUGCCUUCAACCUCUUUCGCCUCUAUUCUCCUAAACGUUUUUUCCGUUUUAAGUCCUCUUCCUAAUUAACUAAUGAUCAAUCUCAUAAUCCGAAAUAAUGUUGAUCGAUGUGAAGAAGAAAAUGUUGAUUAAUUAUUGAUGCAACUCUCAAAUCUCAAUUUGUGUAUUUUCCACUA